GGACAAUAGAGACGAUGAGAUCUGCUGCGAUAGAACUACACAGACCGCUUUGAAUGUAUAUACGCAGCCAUGAAGCACCUAAGUAGCCAUUUGACGCUUCUCGUAUGCGUUGUCCACGCGCAUGCAGGAUUCAACUGUUUCAAAGAUUGCUAUAGGGAAAAACCUGUCCCCCACCCAACACCAAGCAUCUGUCUGAAACCACCGGUCCUCGGAUACUGCAAACCAUUGCUGAAUGCUUGGUACUUUGACUAUAAUAAAAAGGAGUGUGUGAAAGUUGAUCCUAGCCUCUGCGGUACUGGCAGAAACCUCUUCGGGACGUCAGAGCAAUGCAAAAAAACCUGUGAACGUCCUGUUGGACAAGCGCAGAUUAUCUGCUUGACACCACCGGUACUUGCCAGUGCUAGACCGCUGCUACAAUCUUGGUAUUUCGAAAUUGAAUGCGCUUGCUGCAAGAGAUUAAACUACACCUUAGGCGCCGCAAGCGUCAACAAAUUUUCGACUGAGACGAAGUGCCAGGAGGUUUGUAAACCAAAUCAUAAGCCGAAAGUGGUAUGCAGCCUGGUGCCAGAAUCUCAGUGGUGCUUCCUUACACCUAGACUGUUCAUGAGCUGGUACUUCGAUCCAACUAGAAACACCUGCGCUCGUUUCCCGAAAGCUCGUUGCGCCAAAAAUAGAAAUGGAUUUACAUCAUUGAAAAAGUGCAUGACGCGAUGCAGUUGCUUCAAGCCACCAAAGAUUUCGGAUGAGACUGAACAAGAGCGAUAAAAACGAGAAUAGGCGUGUUUGCUGCACUUCGUUAACGAUUCACUGAUAUGUGUUCAAGCACGUCAUCAGUGACUCUCGUUCAAGAAUAUAAAAGCCAUCACCUACCUGAAAAUAAUUACCAACGUAUAAAUUAUUUCAGUGACAAUGAUGAACUCGAUCAAGCAUAAUAAACUUGGUAUUUAGUG